CCAAAAUGCGCCAUCUUUGGCUCUUGCCAGCUGUUGCUGGUCUCGCGGGGGCUCAAUGCCCAUUUCUGUCUGGAGAAAUGGGCACUCCCUCUCGCUUCACGGAGCGAGCCGACAACGCGGCCGACACCGUUGAGGUCGUCGAACAGCCCAUUGACCAGACACUCUAUCUCAAUGACACGGACAGUUACAUGACCACCGACUUUGGUACUCCCAUCUCAGACCAAUAUAGUCUGAAGGCAGGAGCCAGAGGACCGACUCUUCUGGAGGAUUUUAUUUCCCGGCAGAAGCUGCAACGGUUCGACCAUGAGCGGGUUCCCGAACGAGUCGUCCAUGCCCGAGGUGCAGGUGCCUAUGGAACCUUCCGAUCGUACGGUAACUGGUCCAACGUCACCGCCGCUGAUUUUCUGAGCGCCGCCGACAAGGAGACGCCCAUGUUCUGUCGCUUCUCCACCGUGGUCGGCUUCCGGGGCAGUGUUGACACGGCGCGGGAUGUUCACGGUCACGCUUGUCGGUUCUACACGGACGAAGGCAACUAUGAUAUCGUCGGAGUCAACAUCGCCCCUUUCUUCAUCCAGGAUGCUAUUCAGUUCCCUGACCUCGUCCACGCCAUCAAGCCCAUGCCUCAUAAUGAGAUCCCCCAGGCUGCAACAGCCCACACAUCUGCCUGGGACUUCUUCAGCCAGCAGAGCACCGCUCUUCACAGUGCCCUGUGGGUGAUGGCCGGACACGGAAUCCCCCGGUCAUACCGCCACAUAAACGGCUACGGCGUGCACAGCUUCCGGUUUGUGACUGCUAACGGCACCACUAAGGUCAUUCGCUACCGGUGGCGUUCGCUCCAGGGCGUUGCCAGUCUGGUGUGGGACGAAGCCCAAGCCACGGCGGGCAAGAACAGCGACUUCCACCGACAGGAUCUGCACGAUGCCAUCCAGAACGGCCGGUACCCCAAGUGGGAGCUCGGCGCUCAAAUCAUGGAUGAGUCCGACAUGCUGCGCUUCGGAUUCGACCUGCUCGAUCCCACCAAGUUCGUGCCUGAAGAACUCGUCCCCUUCACUCCGCUGGGCGUAAUGGAACUCAACGCCAACCCAACGAACUACUUCGCCGAAGUCGAACAAGUUGGCUUCCAACCAGGCCACGUCGUCCGCGGGAUAGAUUUCACCGAAGACCCCCUCCUACAAGGCCGGCUCUUCUCCUACCUAGAUACACAGGUAAACCGCCACGGCGGGCCCAACUUCGAGCAACUCCCCGUGAACCGACCGCGCAAGCCAGUCCACAACAACAACCGCGACGGCUACGGGCAGCAGCAGAUCCCGCUCAACAACUGGGCCUACACGCCCAACAGCAUGGGGGCAAAUACCUCUCCGCAGCAGGCCAACCAAACCACCGGCAACGGGUUCUUCACCUCGCCGUUCCGCGCGCUCACCGGCCAUCUCGUGCGCGCGCCCAGCCCCACCUUUGCCGAUCACUGGUCGCAGCCUGCGCUGUUCUAUAACUCCCUGGUUCCUGCGGAGAAGCAGUUCCUUGUCAAUGCGAUUGUGUUUGAAAAUUCGAAGGUGUCGAGUCCGCAUGUUCGGGCGAAUGUGGUUAUGCAGCUUAACCGCGUGAGUCAUGAGUUGGCGAGUCGCGUGGCCCGGGGCCUUGGGUUGGAGGUUCCGCAGCCUGAGGAGCGGUUUUACACGACUAAUAAGACGGCGAAUGUGGGUACGUUUGGGCACAGGUUGUUGAGCGUGGAGGGGCUGCAGGUCGGCUUUUUGGCGUCGAAGGAUAGCAAGGAGUCCAUUGCGCAGGGGGCCGAGUUGGCGAGGAAGCUUGCCGCGCAUGGUGUCGAUGUCUCGGUUGUUGCGGAGGUGUUUGCUGACGGGGUUAAUGCCACGUAUGCGACGUCCGAUGCUACGAGCUUUGAUGCGGUCGUGGUGGGUGAUGGUAUUGAGGGCUUGUUCGGCGCCGCGAAUGCGACGGCCAAGGGCACUACGUUCUAUCCUGUGGGACGGCCGUUGGAUAUUCUGGUGGAUGCGUUCAGGUACGGAAAGCCCGUUGGCGCGAUGGGGAGUGGCAAGGUGGCCUUGGGUCGUGCCGGUAUUGAGCUGAGCAGGGAGGGAGUUUACGUUGGUGGCAAUGCCACGGCAGGUGUGGAUGCUUUGGCGAAGGAUGUGUUGGAGGGGUUGUACACUUUCCGGUUCUUGGAUCGGUUUGCCUUGGAUGAUAUGUGA